UCUAAAAGUUAAUCGUAGUUGAUUCGUGCUCAAGGCUACAUCAAUCCGUCUAUUUUAAUCAUCCGUCAUCCGCGAAGCGAAAUGGUCGUGUUCGUGUCUUUAAUAUUCGUAGCGUUUAUAGCCCUCUAUUUCUACCUAGCGCGAAAUAACAAGUAUUGGCAAAAUCGUGGAGUUUUCUGCGCAGAUGGAGCCCUGCCGGGAGUCGGGCAUAUGUUAUCAGUGCUCUGCAUGAGAACAACUUUCCCCGAGUGUUGUCACAAAAUCUACAACAAUAAUCGCGGUCGCAGUAUGGUGGGAGUCUACAACUUUAUGUCGCCAUCGUUGAUGGUCCUCGAGCCGGAGCUGGUAAAAACGGUGUUGCAAACUAAUUUCACGAGCUUCCAUCAGAAUUUUCAAAAGGUCGAUCCUGAUUUGGAUCCUCUGAUGGCGAAUCAUCCUUUUGUCACUAUUGGCGACAAAUGGAUAACCGGCAGAAAGCGUAUGACCUAUGCAUUUUCCAGCAUGAGAUUGAAAAUCCUGCUUGAAAGCAUCAAGCCGGUGUGCGUGAUGCUCGAGAACUAUCUCGAUAACAAGUUGAGCAAAGUUGGAAAAGUGGAACUGGAGUUGAAAGACUUGUGCUCCAGGUAUACCACGCAGGUUGUGGCUGCCGCUGGCUUCGGCGUGGACGGAUUUUGCUUCGACGACGAGAAAGCAGAUGUGUCCUUCCGGAAAAUCGGCAAACAGAUAUUCGAGCCUUCUAUGCGGAACGCGAUCAUGUUUAUCCUCGUAGUUCUCCUACCGCCGUUGAAUAAAAUCUUUAAAAUUAGCUUCAUUCCGAAGCAUAUCGAUCGUUUCUUCAGAACGUUGAUCGCGGAUCUUAUGGAGCAACGACGAAAAGACGGCAUACCCAGAAACGAUUUCCUUCAUUUAAUGACACAGUUGGAACGGAUUGAAGGCGAUAAGAUUGAUCUCGAGAUGCUCGCAUCUCAUACAUUAUCAUUCUUCAUCGACGGCUACGGCUCUACCAGCACCGUUAUGAGCUUCAUUGGUUUUCAAUUAGCUAGUCAUUCAAAAGUGCAGGAGAAAUUACGCAAGGAAGUGAUGACUGUACUCGACAAGUACGAUGGUGUGAUAACUUACGAAGGCUUGAAGGAGAUGACGUACAUGGAUCAGGUUUUUAAUGAGUCACAAAGGAUCAUACCCAUAGCAGCAGUUCUGCAAAAGCAAUGUACGGAAGAAUUUGAAUUAAGAGGAUCCGAUGGGCUUGUCUGUCGCGCACAACCUGGAACGGAAAUCUUGAUACCCGUCCAGGGCCUGCAGAAAGAUCCUCGGUAUUGGGAAGAUCCCGAAGUGUUCGAUCCUGAAAGAUUCAGUCCAGACAGGAAACACAGCAUCGAGAAAUUCGCUUUUCUUCCCUUCGGUGAGGGUCCGCGAAUCUGUGUUGGAAUGAGAAUGGCUCUACUGCAAAUGAAGGCGGGUUUCGCUGCAAUCUUGAGAAAAUACAGCCUGGAACUUUCUCCGAGGACGCAAGUACCUUUAAAAAUGGAGCCCAACACAAUCUUACCAACACCGAAAGGUGAUCUAUGGGUUUUUUUUCAACAACUUUAAAUGUAAAAAUCUUCUUUUGAACUGAAGUUAUAACUAGGAUUCUUAUAUAUGUAUGUCCAGAAGUAAAAUGUGUAGCAGAUCUUCUUGUAUAAAUAUAAAUUUCUUCUUAAAGUAUUUCUUCUUUAAAACUGCUAUAUUUGUAUAUAAAAAUUAAAAGAAUUAUAAUGCGUAAAGAAUUUUUCAUUUUUAUAAUACAUUCUUUUUUUAUAUAAAUUCUGUAUGUUAUAAUAUAAUUCCUUAUAUAAUUUUUAAUCAUACUGUUUUCUAAAAUAAAUGCCAAGUCAUAAUUGAACAAACUGAUUCAUAAACCGAAAGAAGCUUUAAUCAGUUAAUCGUCGUAACGCUCAAAUUAACACCUUAAGUAUACAAUAAUUGAUAACGUUCGGUGAAAGAUACAAAACGAUGGAACUUUUGUAUAAUGAAUGUUUUGCUAUCGAUAUGAAUUUUCCCAUUCUCGAUAUACAAUAUUGAUAUUUUUAAAAGAUCGUCAAUCGUGUUAAUUUACUGCACGGAUUUUAAACAUUCGGAAGAAAUAAUCGCGUUUUUGAUUUUCUAAUAUUUAUCGUGAAUGUAUUUCAAUAAAUACGACGAAACAGUGGAAUACUUGGCCUACCUGCUCAUUUGAUCGUCACCACGCGAAUAUUAUAACUUUGCAUGUAUGUUAGAAAUACGCGUAUAAAAUAUUUUAUCAGCAUUUAUAUAAAGCAAUAAUAAAAUUAUAUCAAUAGUUUGAAG